GCACGGAUUUUCUCUUUAAUGGCAGGGGUAACUGACUUUGGCAAUAAAACAUCAGAGAUCCAAGAGGGAGAUUUAAAAGAGCAAGAUAGUGAGAAUGAUUCUGUUUCUGAAAAAACACUAUCUGUGGAUAAAUCAACAAAUAUACAAAAUACAGACAAGUGUUUGUUAAAUGAAGAUACGCUUGGCAAUUCACUUACUGCUGGAGAAGAAACUGUGACUUGUAAUGAUACUAUGAAAUCUUUUGAUGCACCAACAGGAUCCAAUCCCACCGAGGGCAAUGGGAUGGAAUCUUCUCACACUUCAGUAAAUGAAGUCAAUAGUUCAGACAUUAAUAAUGAACCUACAAACUCUGUUCCAACUUAUACUGGGUCCCAUAAAAAGAUUCGAAAGAGGCAUGUUGUAUGUAUGGAAACAUCAAAACAACCAUCAUCUGAGCAAGAAUUUGUAAUCCAUCAUGAACACUGUGAAAACAUUGAUUUGUGCGAUGAUGAUGCCAAGGGUGAUCUCCAUGGAAUUACUGAUGUGGGUGAUCAUGAGGUUAUUGAUUCAUCCAAAUACUUACCCCAAAACAGCAGGAAAGAUUUCUCUCUGUUUCAUUAUCUGAGAGUUGAGAUGACAAGAGGUUAUCUCUUUGAGGAGCAAGAAGAGAAAUACAUUGAUCAACGAGAAAAAGUAUAUACAUUCAUGAAAACACCACGUGAACUGGAGAAGUUGAUGUGGUUUGGUUUUCUCCUAUGCCUGGAUUGCUUCUUAUUUGUUUUCACAUAUCUUCCUGUACGAGUUCUGCUUGCUGUAUUAAAACUUCUUGGAAAUGUCAUCUGCCUUAAAUUUCUUAGACGUGGGUUUUCCUUGCUGGAAUCUCAUCAAAUAUGUGAUUUGCUACGAGGUCUUAUUCUUCUUGCCUGCUGCGCUGCAAUGAACUGUCUUGAUCUGUCAAUCUUGUACCAUAUCGUUCGCGGACAAUCCGUCAUCAAAUUGUACGUUAUUUAUAACAUGCUUGAUAUUGCAGAUAGAUUAUUUUCAUCGAUUGGUCAGGAUACACUGGAUACUCUAUUUUGGACUGCAGCUGAACGCAGACAUAAACGAAGUCUUGUAACGAUUUUAUUACAUUUUGGGCUAGCUUCCGUAUAUGUGUUUCUACACGCUGUGCUAGUGCUUUUCCAAGCUAUCACUUUAAACGUGGCAAUUAAUUCUCACAAUAAAGUUCUUAUGGUCGUCAUGGUAUCCAACCAGUUUGUGGAAUUAAAAGGCUGCGUGUUCAAGAAAUUUGAGAAAAAUAAUCUGUUUCAAAUGUCCUGUGCAGACAUCAGGGAAAGAUUUUACUAUGUUGUCUUAGUCUCACUGGUGGCUCUAAGAAACAUGCAUGAACUUCAGUGGAACCUAGAUCACUUGUACGAGUUAAUACCAUCGCUUGCAUUGCUGCUUUCUUCCGAAAUGUUUGUUGACUGGAUCAAACAUGCUUUCAUUACAAAAUUUAACUGCAUUUCAAGCGAGGUUUAUCGCGAGUAUAGAGCUCUACUUUCACUGGAUGCUACAACAAGCAGACUUUUUGGUCAGCGGGCACGUUCUGAUCAUUUUGAUUUGGUCUCCCGACGACUCGGGUUCAUUCCUCUGCCCUUGGGUUGCGUGGUGUACCGUGUGACCAGUCAAUCUGUGCAAAUUUCUGGUACCGCCGCCGGAAUUGUUGUCCUGGUACUAGUUUAUUUAUGGUUAACCUCCGUGAAAAUCCUCAACAGCAUCGUCCUCUUGGGAUUAUCAAGUCAUUACGUCAUGAAUAAGACGACGAAUAACGACGAAACCAAGCCAUAUAUGGACAGUAGUCCCAGUCCCUCAGACCUGCAACUUCCGGUCGCAGAUCCACUGGACAGAGACCAGCGGUUUGCGAACAAGACAACGAAAACUCGACAAGUCAAGGCUCUGAAUGAAAUAGACCGUUAUACUUUAUGUAGCAAUAGGAUUGUUUGAAGUUGAAACAGAAGAAUAUUCGCU